AUGAAUGAAACAAGCAAUAUGAAUAACGCGAAUACCGGUGGUAUAUGUUCAUCAUGCCUUAAAGAAAUGCCAAUGAAUUCAGGCUCAUCAGCGAAUCAUCCUCUAUCGAGAUUCUGUUCUAGUUGUAUGACAGAAUUUAUUGAUCAACAACAUCAAUUUCCACUUUUUCCGUCGUCGUCAUCGUCACAACUAUUGCUUAAUCAUUCACAGCAAACUCAAUCGAUAUUCCCAUCCCAUUUUUCUUCAUUACCUUCAUCAUCAGCAUCUUCAACAUCUUCAUCUGUUUCAUCAUCGAACCGUCGCUUAAGCGCAUUCGAUCCAUUUCUAUCCGGUAAUUCCUCUCACAAUCCCUUUCUUCAUUUAUCAACCGAUUUGAAUCAUACAUUUCCGCCGUUAACACCAACAGCUUUCCCAAAUGACUUCGAAUCGACAACGAAUAUCACCAAUGAUUUCAUGCGUUUCUUCCUUAACGGAAAUAAUUCAACUAACGAUCGAGAUAGUCCGGCUAGUAGUACACAGAGUAAUACAGAUUUUUCUCGUACGUUAAUGUUACAACAGCCAGCAACACUGUGUUGUUUUACCAAUAAUUUACCGUACACUUUUUGUCUGGAUUGUGAUUCAACUCUGUGUGAAAAAUGCGCUUUAGCCCAUCGGAAAAUACUUGGAUUUAAAGAUCAUCAGCAACAAUUACUUUCAUCCUCACAGAUCGCAAAUAAUCAUCAUACUCGAUCAAUGAUCGGACAGCCACCGUCAUCAUCAUCACCAUCGAAAAAAGGUCAUUUGCCACAACCAACAUCUUUCGACUUCCCAUUGAAUCGCACAUCAGCCACCACCAAUGAUUUUCCCUCGUUAUUCAGUUCGUUUUUCUCUCAACUUUCAUUAAAUACAUCGACUAAUGACAAUCCAGUUAUCCUGAAUUCGUCUCUCUCAUCACCGUCGACCAUUUUUUGUCAUGAGCACCCGUCAUACAAAGCAACUUAUUUUUGUGAGAUAUGUUCACACGCAUAUUGUCAUGAAUGUCAAAUUCAUCAUGUUCAACAGCACAGUUUGUCAGCAUUUCAAGAUACAAUAGAUAAUGCUCGACAACUAACGAAACAAUUCCUGAUCGAACUGCAAACAUUACUGUAUCAUUUAGAUGAAUCGUUAAAACAAUCGACACGAACCAUAGAAAACCAUUCGUUGAAGAGUUCAACCAUUGAAAACGAGAUUCGUACGCUGAUCAAACACUUUCUCGAUACUCUCACCCAACGACAAGAUUUUCUUUUGAAAAAUGUCGAUAGAAUCCAAACGAUUAAAACGCAAACAUUACAACGACAGAUCAAUGAAAUCAAUCAAGUUAUCAAACAGUUGCAUAUAACCGUUCUCGAUUGUAACGAGUGCUUAAAGAACGGCAACGAUACCGAUUUGGUACGUACACGAAAUCGUCUUUGGAAUGAAGUUAUUCAAAUGAAACAAGUCAUGCUAUCGAAUUUCAAACCACUCGAAGAUGAUUUCGUUCAAUUGCAAAGCCCAUCGACACCGAUUAGCAAAUCGAUGAUGAACUACGGACAAUUAAUAACAUCGACUUAUCCUGCAUUGUGUGAACUAUAUGGUGAUUCACUUUAUAAUACCGUACGCAAUCGCUUAACAGUCUUAAAUCUACAGGCACGCAAUCAUUUGGGCGAAUUACGUACAACGGGUGGUGACAACGUUCAAUGUUGUUUAAUUGAUACAAGUACAAAUCAAACAGUUCCCUGCGAAAUCUACGAUCGACAAAAUGGACAAUACUUCCUGACUUAUAUUGCCCAAAGUGAUCAUAUACAUAUCUUGAAUGUUUAUGUGAACAAUUCUCCCAUCAAGGAUAAUCCAUUUCGUAUUGAAGUCAAACAAAAUCGGAACUAUCUGACAAUUGGCACGAAGAUAGAAUUCGAAAUUGGUGGUGAAGGUGAUCAAGACGGUAAACUCUGUCGACCAUGGGGUGUCUGUUGUGAUAAUCAGUCGAAUAUUAUCAUUGCUGAUCGAUCAAAUAAUCGAAUACAAAUCUUUACUAAGUAUGGACAAUUCCUACGAAAGUUUGGUGCGCAAGGCAAUCGACCAGGACAAUUCGAUCGACCAGCUGGUGUUGCUUAUGAUAAACAACUGAAUCGAAUUAUUGUCACAGACAAAGAUAAUCAUCGUGUUCAAGUUUUUGCAUCGACAGGAGAAUUCAUAUUUAAAUUUGGUGAAAAAGGUACAAAACCCGGUCAAUUCAAUUAUCCAUGGGAUGUCGCCGUAUCAUCAAUUUCACAAAUUUUGAUUUCCGAUACUCGCAAUCACCGUAUACAAUUAUUUACCAAGGAUGGAUUAUAUCUACGAAAGUACGGUUUUGACGGGCCGGUUUGGAAACAGUUCGACUCGCCGCGUGGUGUCGUUUUUACACAUGCUGGCCAUAUCAUUGUUACGGACUUCAAUAAUCAUCGAUUAUUAUUUCUUUCGUCCGAUUUUCAAAAUGCUCGAUUUCUUGGAAGUGAAGGUUCAGGCAAUGGACAAUUUCUUCGUCCACAAGGUGUAGACAUCGAUGCCGAAGGAAACAUAUUCGUUGCUGAUUCGCGCAACUAUCGUGUACAAGUUUUUUCGCCUCAAGGUGUUUUUAAAACAAAAUUCGGUACACAAGGUUCGGGCCCUUUACAAAUGGAUCGACCAAGUGGGUUAUGCGUGACAUCCGAAGGCCUCUUACUUGUUGUCGAUUUCGGUAAUAAUCGUAUUCUUGCCUUCUAA